UUUGGCUCGGCGAAGCCUUUCUACUGCCGGCACGCUCUGCGUCGCGCGUCCAUGCCGGCUGUGCGCUCCCACUGCCGUGUCUUCAAUCCCUUGGGCUGGUGGCAGGAGGAGGAUCCUGAAAAAGCCGGCCGGCGGCUACUGGUGAUUGGCUGUGGGCCUUCAGGGAUCCAAAUCCUACGACAGCUCUGGAAGGACUUCGAGGUGGGAGUGAACCAGGAACUGAAGACGAAUGAAGGCUGCGACAGCGACAGAAGUCCUGUCAAGCUGGUACUCUUUGACCAUGAAGCAUUCUUCUUUCGCUUGAUGCCUCCAUCAGCUGUGCGCAGCUGGUGUGUGUAUUUUGAGCGAUGUGCAAUGUGCUUCUCUGAUUCUUGUUUCUCCCGUCCUUGACCACUCGGACCGAAGCGAGUAGGUGGGCACUCGGACCGAGGUGACGUUGGUGGAGCCCAAGGACUACUAUGAGUUCACUCCGGGCAUCCUCCGAGGCCUUUGCCAUCCUCAGCACCUGGAGACCUUGCUGCUGCCUCUCGAGGAUGCCCUCGCGGGUAUGAGGGUCAACCACAUCAAGGGCCGAGUAGUCCGGCUUUCCGAGCGCAGCGCUCAAGUCGACAGCCCGGUGCAUGGCCUGAUGGCAGUGGACUUCGAUUACGCGGUGGUCGCAGUUGGCUCUCAAUAUGCGGGGAAUAGCCUAUGGAAAGUCUCAGGAGCUGCAGAGGCUGAUGAGCUUAGCCUGAUAGGGAGGCGGAAGAGCCUAGAGGCGAUGCGUCAAAAUUUGGAAGACUUGGAGAAGGAGCAAAAGACUUUGGUGCUACUGGGAGCUGGCCUGGUAGGCGUUGAACUGGCUGCGGAGGUGAAGCAUUACUUCCCCACGCUUCGAGUGGUCCUUGCAGACCGAAGUCAGACGGUCCUACCGGUCUUGCCGAAGGAUGCGCAGGACUAUGCCCAAACGUGGCUCAAAGAGCAUGGCGUAGACCUGCGGCUGGGCUGCGAACUGCCCCGCGACGAGACCGCCUUGUUAAAGGCACUGGAGAUCGAUGAGGCGAAGGUGCUUUUAUGUGCUGGUCUUGGCUUUCAUGCCGGGAUGGCAGCGACUCUUGAGUGCGUGGAUGCGAGUGGGCAGAUUACCACGAACCGCUUCAUGCAGUGCAUCGAUUCCAAGGGCCAUCCAAGCGCAGAUGGGCGCAUCUUCGCGCUGGGCGAUUGUGUGAAUGUCCGCGGCACUGAGAUGCGCUUUACCAAGGACAUUUAUCCAGCUGAAGCGAUGGCCAAUGUGGUCGUCUCCAACCUGCGACGGCUCAGGAACGAUCCAGGGUCCGCCAAUCUGGAGGAGCUCUCCUCAAGGCUACAGGAAAUUACUCUUUGUUCCCUUGGGCCCACAGAUUGCAUCUUCGUGCGGAAUGGCGGAGUCGUCACCACUGGCUGGAUUGCUGUGCAGAUGAAGCAUCAAGUUGAGGUUACUAAAAUGGGUGAGAUGCGGCAGGAGAUGUGGGGCAGCUUCGUUUGGAGCUUGGUUCCACACUGGUGAUCAGUGGAACUGAAGGAAGACGUCCAGACUUCGGAGAUGGAUCAUACCCAGGAUUUCCUGCUCACCAUCUAGUGAUACCUUGGUAUCCUCAGUAUCCUCAAUAAUGUUUUUUGGGUGCUUCAUCAUGCUCAUGCAGGAUGUUCUUCCCGGCAGUUCUGUCGAUCUACUAGUUUGUACAAAAUGAGGACGACGAAAGGGCGAACAUCACUCUUUCGCAGAAUCAGAACAACAGUUUUUCCUCCACCCCUGUGCGUGUGGAGACCAA